CGAAGGGCGUCGUCCGCAGUGGAGGGGGCUCCUCUUAAAGGGGCCGCGCUCCCCCGCCGAUGCCGGGCGGAGCGACGGUGGACGGAGUCUGGGGGGCUCAGAACGAGUCAUCAUGGCCUUCUGCACACAGCUGAUGCUCCUACUGUGGAAAAACUACACAUAUCGAAGGAGACAACCGAUCCAGCUCCUAGUGGAGUUACUGUGGCCCCUCUUCCUCUUCUUCAUCCUGGUGGCCGUCCGCCACUCCCACCCACCGCUGGAGCACCACGAAUGCCACUUUCCAAACAAGCCUCUACCAUCGGCGGGCACCGUGCCCUGGCUGCAGGGCCUUAUCUGCAAUGUCAACAACUCCUGUUUCCAGCAGCCAACGCCUGGCGAGAAGCCGGGGGUCCUGAGCAACUUUCAGGAUUCCCUGGUCUCCAGACUCCUUGCCGAUGCUCGGGCAGUGCUGGGGGGGCGCAGCACCCAGGAGAUGCUGGCCGCGCUGGGGAAGCUGAUGCCCCUGCUCAGAGCGGCCGGAGGUGGAGCCUGGCCGCAAGAGAGUCAUCCACUGAACAAGCAAGCGUCAGUGACCACUGAGCUCCAGAAGAUCCUGCAAGGGGCGUCCCUGGGGCCUGCGCUUGGUCAAGCCCAGGAUUCCAUGAGGAAGUUCUUGGAUACCACCAGGGACCUUACCCAGGAGCUCCUGACGCUGCCCAGCCUGCUGGAGCUCCGAGCUUUGCUGCGGAGGCCCCGCGGGUCAGCCGGUUCGCUGGAGCUGCUUUCAGAGGCCCUCUGCAGCACCGAGGGGCCCAGCAGCCCAGGGGGCCUCUCCCUCAACUGGUACGAUGCCAGCCAGCUCAACGAGAUCCUGGGGCCGGAGCUGGCCCCUGCCCUGCCCGACAGCAGCCUCAGCCCUGCCUGCUCCCAGUUCAUGGGGGCGCUGGAUGACCAUCCCGUGUCGCGACUGCUCUGGAGGCGCCUGAAACCGUUGAUCCUCGGGAAAAUUCUCUUUGCCCCUGACACAAACUUCACUCGGAAGCUCAUGGCGCAGGUGAACCGCACCUUCGAGGAACUGGCUCUGUUGAGGGACCUACAAGAGGUCUGGGGGGUGCUGGGACCCCAGAUCUUCCACUUCAUGAAUGACAGUGCCAACACGGCCAUGCUUCAGAGACUGCUGGACGUGGAGGGCUCAGGGCACAGGCAGCAGACCCCCAGAGGCCAGAAGCAGCUGGCUGCCGUCCGAGAUUUUCUGGACCCCAGUAGGGGUGGCUACAGCUGGCGGGAGGCCUACGCGGACAUAGGGCGCCUGGCAGGAAUCCUGGGCCAGAUCAUGGAGUGUGUGUCUCUAGACAAGCUGGAGGCUGUGCCCUCCGAGGGAGCUCUUGUGUCCCGUGCCCUGGAGCUGCUGGGUGAGCGCCGCCUCUGGGCGGGCAUCGUCUUCUUGAGCCCUGAGGACCCUCUGGACCCAUCGGAGCUGUGGUCUCCAGCCCUGGGUCCUGGCCACCUGCGAUUCAAGAUCCGAAUGGAUAUCGAUGACGUCACAAGGACCAACAAGAUCAGGGACAAGUUUUGGGACCCGGGGCCAUCUGCAGACCCUUUCAUGGACCUUCGAUAUGUGUGGGGUGGCUUCGUGUACCUGCAGGACCUGCUGGAGCAGGCAGCUGUGCGUGUGCUGAGUGGAGGGGACGCCCGCGCCAGCCUCUAUCUGCAGCAGAUGCCGCACCCCUGCUACGUGGAUGAUGUGUUCCUGCGCGUGCUGAGCCGGUCUCUGCCCCUGUUUCUGACUCUGGCCUGGAUCUAUUCGGUGGCGCUCACCGUGAAGGCCGUGGUGCGGGAGAAAGAGACGAGGCUGCGGGAAACCAUGCGAGCCAUGGGGCUGAGCCGCGCCGUGCUCUGGCUCGGCUGGUUCCUCAGCUGCCUGGGACCCUUCCUGGUGAGCACGGCGCUGCUGGUACUGGUGCUCAAGCUAGGGAACAUCCUUCCUUACAGCCACCCGGCUGUCGUCUUCUUCUUCUUGGUGGCCUUCGCGGUGGCCACCGUGGCUCAGAGUUUUCUGCUCAGCGCCUUCUUCUCCAGGGCCAACCUGGCAGCUGCCUGUGGGGGCCUCGCCUACUUCUCCCUCUACCUGCCCUACGUGCUGUGUGUCGCCUGGCGUGAGCGCCUGCCCCUGGGCGGCCUUGUCGCUGCGAGCCUACUGUCCCCCGUGGCCUUCGGCUUCGGAUGUGAAAGCCUGGCGCUGCUGGAGGAGCAGGGGGAUGGGGCGCAGUGGCACAAUUUGGGCAGGGCCCCUGCGGAGGAUGUCUUCAGCCUGGCGCAGGUGUCCGCCUUCCUGUUGCUGGACGCCGCCAUCUACGGCCUCGCCCUCUGGUACCUGGAGGCCGUCUGCCCAGGCCAAUAUGGGAUCCCUGAGCCAUGGAAUUUCCCCUUUCGGAGGAGCUACUGGUGUGGGCCUGGAUCUCCCCAGAGUUCUGUCUUGGCCCCUGCCCCACAAGAUGCCAAGGUUCUGGUGGAAGAACCACCACCUGGCCUCAUUCCUGGUGUCUCCAUCCGUGGCCUGAAGAAGCAUUUUCGUGGCUGUCCACAGCCAGCCCUCCGAGGACUCAGCCUUGACUUCUACCAAGGCCACAUCACUGCCUUUUUGGGUCACAACGGGGCUGGCAAGACAACUACACUGUCCAUCUUGAGUGGUCUUUUCCCACCCAGCGGUGGCUCGGCCUCCAUCCUGGGCCAUGAUGUGCAAACCGACAUGGCGGCCAUCCGGCCCCACCUGGGCAUCUGCCCACAGUACAAUGUGCUGUUUGACAUGCUGACGGUGGAUGAGCAUGUGUGGUUCUAUGGCCGUUUGAAAGGCGUGAGCGCAGCUGCCGUGAGCUCUGAGCAGGAACGUCUGAUACGGGACGUGGGGCUCGUCCCCAAGCGGGACGCACAGACGCGCCACCUCUCCGGUGGGAUGCAGCGGAAACUGUCUGUGGCCAUUGCCUUUGUGGGUGGCUCUCGGGUAGUCAUCCUGGAUGAGCCCACUGCUGGUGUGGACCCCGCUUCUCGACGUGGCAUUUGGGAAUUGCUCCUGAAGUACAGAGAGGAUCGCACACUGAUCCUCUCCACUCACCACCUGGAUGAGGCGGAGCUCCUGGGAGACCGCGUGGCCAUGGUGGCGCACGGCUCUCUGUGCUGCUGUGGGUCCCCGCUUUUCUUGCGUCGACACUUGGGCUGCGGUUACUACCUGACGCUGGUGAAGAGUCCUCAGGCCCUCAACACCCAGGACUCGGAGGGAGACAGCGGGGACCCCAGACGGAAGCAGAAACCAGGCAGCGAGGGCAACGUGGCGGGGACAACUCCCACCCAAGGAGCCUCGGACGGGAGCGGCCAGGCCCCAGCUCCUGAUGCGGCCCCCAUCACCCCGAGGACACCCCGGAUACUAGACCUAGUGCGGCGCCAUGUUCCUGGAGCUCAGCUGGUGGAGGAGCUGCCCCAUGAGCUGGUGCUGGCACUGCCCUAUGCAGGUGCCCUGGAUGGCAGCUUUGCCAUGGUCUUCCAAGAGCUGGAUCGGCAACUGGAGGCUCUGGGACUCACCGGCUAUGGGAUCUCGGACACCAGCCUGGAGGAGAUCUUCCUAAAGGUGGUGGAGGAUGCACACAGAGAAGGAGGUGACUCCGGACAGCACCUGCACCCCCCCACGGCCACUCUGCAGCCCCACGCGGGGCCAGAGGCGUCAGCCCUGGAGAACGGGGAGCUGGCUAGGUUGAUGCUGGAUCCCCGGGCCCCGCAGGGCUCCACACCCGGCGAUGCAGCUCCCGUGCAAGGCUGGACACUGACCCGCCAACAGCUCCGGGCUCUGCUCCACAAGCGUUUCCUGCUUGCCCGCCGCAGCCGCCGGGGCCUGUUUGCACAGAUUGUGCUGCCUGCUCUCUUCGUGGGCCUGGCCCUGCUCUUCAGCCUCAUCGUCCCUCCGUUCGGCGAGUACCCGCCCCUGCAGCUCAGCCCCGCUAUGUACGGCCCCCAGGUCUCCUUCUUCAGUGAGGACGCCCCUGGGGACCCCAACCGGAUGAAGCUGCUGGAGGCGCUGCUGGGCCAGGCUGGGCUGCAGGACGCAGCUGCCAGAGGAUCCGAGUGCGCACACUCCUUGGCCUGCUACUUCUCGGUCCCCGAGGUCCCUGCAGAUGUGGCCAGCAUCCUGGCCAGUGGUAACUGGACUCCAGAGUCUCCGUCCCCAGCAUGCCAAUGCAGCCAGUCUGGAGCCCGCCGCCUGCUGCCAGACUGCCCGGCCGGAGCUGGGGGUCCACCGCCACCCCAGGCCAUGGCUGGCUUGGGGGAGGUGAUCCAGAAUCUCACUGGCCGAAAUGUGUCUGACUUCCUGGUGAAGACUUACCCCAGCCUGGUGCGCCGGGGCCUGAAGACUAAGAAGUGGGUGGAUGAGGUCAGAUACGGGGGCUUCUCCCUGGGAGGCCGAGACCCAGACCUGCCCUCAGGGCAUGAGGUGGUCCGCACAGUGGCAGAGAUGCGGGCGCUGCUGAGCCCCCAGCCUGGCAAUGCCCUAGACCGUAUCCUGAACAACCUCACUCAGUGGGCCCUUGGCCUUGACGCCCACAACAGCCUUAAGAUCUGGUUCAACAACAAGGGCUGGCAUGCCAUGGUGGCCUUUGUGAACCGAGCCAACAAUGGACUCCUACAUGCCCUCCUGCCGUCUGGCACGGCCCGCCAUGCCCACAGCAUCACUACGCUCAACCACCCUUUGAACCUGACCAAGGAGCAGCUGUCUGAGGCAGCGCUGGUGGCCUCCUCAGUGGAUGUCCUUGUCUCCAUAUGUGUGGUCUUCGCCAUGUCCUUUGUCCCAGCCAGCUUCACCCUGGUCCUCAUCGAGGAACGUGUCACCAGAGCCAAACACCUGCAGCUGGUCAGCGGCCUGCCUCAAACCCUCUACUGGCUCGGCAAUUUUCUCUGGGACAUGUGUAAUUACUUGGUGGCAGUGUGCAUAGUGGUGCUCAUCUUCCUGGCCUUUCAGCAGAGGGCCUACGUGGCGCCGGAGAACCUGCCCGCCCUCUUACUCUUGCUACUGCUGUAUGGCUGGUCCAUCACGCCUCUAAUGUACCCAGCCUCCUUCUUCUUCUCCGUGCCCAGCACGGCCUAUGUGGUACUCACCUGCAUUAACCUCUUCAUUGGCAUCAACAGCAGCAUGGCCACCUUUGUGCUGGAACUGCUUUCAGAUCAGAACUUGCAAGAAGUAAGCCGGAUUCUGAAGCAAGUGUUUCUUAUCUUCCCCCACUUCUGCCUGGGCCGAGGACUUAUCGACAUGGUGCGGAACCAGGCCAUGGCAGAUGCCUUUGAGCGCUUGGGAGACAAACAAUUCCAGUCACCCCUACGCUGGGACAUCGUCGGCAAGAACCUUCUGGCCAUGGUGGCCCAGGGACCCCUGUUCCUGCUCAUCACACUCCUGCUCCAGCACCGCAGUCAACUCCUGCCACAACCCAAACCGGGACCGCUGCCGCCCCUGGAUGAGGAGGAUGAGGAUGUAGCUCGAGAGCGGGAGCGUGUGACCAAGGGGGCCACCAAGGGGGACGUGCUGGUCCUCCGGGACUUGACUAAGGUGUACCGUGGGCAGAAGAGCCCGGCUGUGGAUCGCCUGUGCCUGGGGAUCCCCCCUGGGGAGUGCUUUGGGCUGCUGGGCGUCAAUGGGGCAGGGAAGACGUCCACCUUCCGCAUGGUGACAGGGGACACACUGCCCAGCAGCGGUGAAGCAGUGUUGGCAGGACACAGCGUGGCCCGGGAUCCAGCUGCCGCACACCGCAGCAUGGGCUACUGUCCCCAGUCUGAUGCCAUCUUCGACCUGCUGACGGGCCGGGAACACCUGGAGUUGUUUGCGCGCCUGCGCGGGGUGGCCAAGGCCCAGGUUGCCCAGACAGCGCUCUCGGGCCUGGUGCGCCUGGGCCUUCCCAACUACGCAGACCGACCCGCGGGCACCUACAGCGGAGGGAACAAGCGGAAGCUGGCCACAGCCCUGGCUCUGGUUGGGGACCCAGCAGUGGUCUUUCUGGACGAGCCCACCACAGGCAUGGACCCAAGUGCACGGCGGUUUCUCUGGAACAGCUUGCUGUCGGUGGUGCGCGAGGGCCGCUCCGUGGUGCUCACCUCGCACAGCAUGGAGGAGUGCGAAGCGCUGUGCACGCGCCUGGCCAUCAUGGUGAACGGGCGUUUCCGAUGUCUGGGAAGCGCUCAGCAUCUCAAAGGCAGGUUCGGGGCUGGCCACACACUGACCCUCAGGGUCCCACCGGCUCAGCCCGAACCGGCGAUAACCUUCAUCAUGGCCACCUUCCCGGGUGCUGAGCUCCGGGAGGUGCAUGGCAGCCGCCUGCGAUUCCAGCUGCCACUCGGGGGCAGCUGCACCUUGGCACGCGUGUUCCGCGAGCUGGCCGCGCAAGGCAAGGACCACGGCGUGGAGGACUUCUCCGUUAGCCAGACCACGCUGGAGGAGGUGUUCCUGUAUUUCUCCAAAGACCAAGGGGAAGAGGAGAAGGGCAGCCAGCAGGAGAGUGGAGCCGGGGAGGUUUUCACACCCGGCCUGCAGCACCCUGAACGUGUCAGCCGAUUUCUGGAAGACCCCAGCUCUGUGGAGACAAUGCUCUGAGCACGCCUGCCUUGGGACUGAGUGGUAAAGACCAGGCGGAGGGUCCCUGAGCCACACGCUGGCUCCCGGAGAGCCCAGGGCCCUGGAAGAAAUAAAGAGACAAGAAGA